AUGAUGUCGUCAAAGGUGACUCCUCUCCAACUACUUAUGAAACCAGGACUGAUUCCAGAUUUCGCUGAAAUUAUGGAAACCAGUUCUGAGAUUAAUUUGGAUGAUGCGAUAAAUAACCAGAGACGAGUUGAUACCAAAAACGAAGCGGAUAUUUUCAAUGAUUUAAUAACAGCGAUAGAGGAAUCAUUGAGUUGUGACUCCGUGAAUACAGCAGUCACAGCAGAAACAGUUGCUGAUAGUCUGAAUGCCCACGCAGAUCCAUCAUUGAAUACAAGAAUCUCGUUUAGCACAGCCUCAGAGAUUAGUGAAAAAGAAGAGUCUCAUGACAUAAAUGAACCCCUGGAAGAUCCCUUCUACCGUCCCUCUUCUCCACUUCAAGUCUGGAGGAACAACAAUAAAAUCACUGGAUUUGAAAUGGUGUGUGAUGAGAAAAAAGUGGCAAUUGUCGAUUCACUGGAAUGCAUGACACGCCUUCAACAACCACUCGAGCCCAUCUACUUCGAUCCACGUGUCUAUCUGGGAGUUCCCUAUUUUGAAGUUUUCGAAGGAAUCGGUCUAUCCGAAUCAUCGUCAAAUGGAGACGUGUCAACUGCAGAGCUUGGCCCGACGUCCGAAGAAUUUAAUGAUUGGGUUCGAGCAAUUGAAGAGGAUGGAUGA